GCUUCUUUUUGUCUCUCACUCUCCCUCUCACAGUAAGUCAAAAUUUCUCAUCCUAGGGUUUUCGUUUGCUUCGAAUCGGAAUCGGAUCCUAUUUGAUUUUAAACUCGGAUCGUCGGAGGUUUCCAACUUGUUGGGAUUCCGUGCUGUCCGUGCGGUUAGGGUUUGUGAUGGGAACGGAGAGGAAGAGGAAAGUGAGCUUGUUCGACGUGGUGGACGAGACCUCGAUCUCGGCGAAGAUCUCCAAAUCGAACGGUGGAGGAGCUGCGAUGAACAACAACAAUGGCGGCAUCAAUCGGUGGACGGGAAGGCCGUAUUCGCAGAGGUACUACGAGAUAUUGGAGAAGAGGAGGAGCUUGCCGGUGUGGCACCAGAAGGACGAGUUCUUGCAGGUCCUCAAGGCUAACCAGACCAUCAUCCUCGUUGGUGAGACUGGUAGUGGCAAAACCACUCAGAUUCCCCAGUUCGUUUUGGAAGCUGUUGAUAUGGAAAAUCCAGAUAAACGCAAAAAGCUGAUGAUUGGAUGCACUCAGCCUCGGAGGGUGGCUGCAAUGUCUGUUUCUAGACGUGUUGCUGAAGAGAUGGAUGUAACUAUUGGAGAAGAGGUUGGUUAUAGUAUCCGUUUUGAAGACUGCAGUAGUGCAAAAACAGUUUUGAAAUAUCUAACAGAUGGUAUGCUGUUGAGGGAAGCAAUGACAGAUCCACUUUUGGAACGUUACCAAGUCAUAAUUCUUGAUGAGGCUCACGAAAGAACAUUGGCAACUGAUGUUCUAUUUGGGCUUCUGAAGGAGGUGUUGAAAAAUAGACCUGACCUGAAGCUAGUUGUGAUGAGUGCAACUCUUGAGGCUGAAAAGUUUCAGGGUUAUUUUUUCAGUGCACCACUUAUGAAAGUUCCUGGGAGGCUUCAUCCUGUGGAGAUAUUCUACACCCAAGAUCCUGAAAGGGACUAUCUGGAGGCAGCAAUCCGGACAGUUGUGCAGAUUCACAUGUGUGAAACUCCUGGAGAUAUACUAGUUUUCCUCACUGGUGAGGAGGAGAUAGAAGAUGCAUGCCGGAAAAUAUUGAAGGAAGUUGCAAAUCUGGGUGACCAGGUGGGACCUGUGAAAGCAGUGCCUCUGUAUUCUACCCUUCCUCCAGCUAUGCAGCAGAAGAUCUUUGAACCAGCUCCACCUCCAGUGAUAGAGGGUGGUCCUCCUGGAAGGAAGAUUGUGGUCUCAACAAACGUUGCAGAAACAUCUUUGACCAUUGAUGGUAUAGUAUAUGUCAUUGACCCUGGGUUUGCAAAACAGAAGGUUUAUAACCCACGAGUGCGUGUUGAGUCCUUGUUGGUAUCUCCAAUAUCUAAAGCCAGUGCACAUCAGAGAUCGGGGCGUGCUGGAAGAACUCAGCCCGGGAAAUGCUUUAGACUUUAUACCGAGAAAAGUUUCCAUAAUGAUCUUCAGCCACAGACCUAUCCAGAAAUAUUGAGAUCAAACCUUGCAAAUACGGUUCUUACCUUGAAGAAAUUGGGGAUAGAUGACCUGGUGCAUUUUGAUUUUAUGGAUCCUCCUGCUCCAGAGACAUUGAUGCGGGCAUUAGAGGUUUUGAAUUACUUGGGAGCGUUAGAUGAUGAUGGAAAUUUGACAAAGCUUGGGGAAAUUAUGAGUGAAUUUCCAUUAGAUCCUCAGAUGUCAAAGAUGCUCGUUGUUAGUCCCGAGUUCAUUUGUUCAAAUGAAAUUCUGUCGAUUUCUGCCAUGCUUUCAGUACCCAAUUGCUUUGUCCGGCCUAGGGAGGCUCAAAAAGCUGCUGAUGAAGCGAAAGCUAGGUUUGGGCACAUCGAUGGAGAUCACCUGACGCUCUUGAAUGUGUACCAUGCUUACAAGCAAAACAACGACGAUCCAUCUUGGUGCUAUGAGAACUUCGUCAAUCAUAGGGCGUUGAAGUCUGCUGAUAACGUUAGACAACAGCUAGUGCGUAUCAUGGCCAGGUUUAACCUCAAGUUGUGCAGCACUGAUUUCAACAGCCGUGACUACUACGUCAACAUAAGGAAGGCUAUGCUAGCAGGAUACUUCAUGCAGGUAGCUCACCUGGAAAGAACUGGACACUACUUAACAGUGAAAGACAACCAAGUGGUGCACUUGCAUCCUUCAAAUUGCUUGGAUCACAAGCCAGAGUGGGUCAUUUAUAAUGAAUAUGUCCUAACAAGCAGGAAUUUCAUUCGGACAGUGACAGACAUCCGUGGUGAAUGGAUAAUUGAUGUAGCACCACACUAUUAUGAUCUGACGAACUUCCCCCAGUGUGAGGCCAAACGUGUUCUUGAAAGGCUAUACAAGAAGCGGGAGAAGGAUAGAGAGGAGAGCAAGAACAAAAAAUGAAGUUCUCACCGUCCAUAGCUUUUGACUCCUUUAUCUGUUUCUUCUUCGGAGACAAGGCAAGGACAUAUUUUGAGAGCUGGAUUCUUUCAUUAUAUUACCCGUUCUGCAACUCUCAACAGCGCCCAGUUAGUUAAUUAAAACGGUGGAAAUUUGGCCAAGUUUCUGUACCAUUACCUAGUGUUAGUUUUAGUUACCUAUAGUUUUGUAUUGUAUUACCUAUCUCAAUUUGUUGUGGAUCUGGUGGUUUUGGUUGCUAUUCGACUUUCAAGAAGGUGAUUAACAUUUUGAGAAAAUGGGAAAUGAAUGCUAUAGUUCUGGGGAUUCCCCUCUA